AAUCUCGCGCGGUUGUGUGCGAGGUUAUCUUCAGUUCCAUAAUGGCUGAAGAUCCUGGAGGGGUUGAUUUCAAUUUUUCCUUUAUUUCUUUUCGUUUUUCCUUGUCUCUGCUUGUCGUCGCGACAUGGCAGGAGCCGCAGUCACGAUAACCGGCCACAGAUCUCCGCCGCCAUGCCCAAGAAAGGGAACAGAAAACGGCUGAAGUUCCGGGCCGAGGAUGUUUGCUCGGAGUCAGUUACUGUGGCUGACUAUGCUAAUUCCGACCCAGCCAUUGUGAAGUCUGGGCGGGUGAAAAAAGCUGUUACCCAUGCAAUAGAAAAAGAAGUGAAAUUGCUUUGUGGAUUGGAGGCCUCUCACGGCCCUGUACAGGAGGUGCUGUCAUCCGUGGUGGGUGUGAGGGUCGAGGACUGCGAGAGCAGCGACGACCUGGACCCCGAGGGGGGCGUCGGUGAGCACAAGGGCUCCCGGAAAAAGAAAAGCAAGAGACGUAAAGAAAGCAGUGAGGCAGACGGUGGAGAGGAAUAUCCCAUUGAUAUCUGGCUGCUGCUGGCUUCGUAUAUCCGCCCGGAAGACGUCUGUAAAUUUGCUUUGAUCUGCAAGAAUGCUUGGACUGUCACUUGCACUGCAGCAUUUUGGUUGAGAUUAUACAGAAGAUACUAUAACCUGGAUAUAGACCUGCCUGCUCGCCUGCGGCCUUACUCCAUUGGGAAGAUGCGGUGUCUUCGUGCUUGUGUGAUUCGUUCCCUCUUCCACAUGUAUGAGCCUUACAGCUCACGCAUUUCUAAAAGCCCUUCUCUCCCUGAGUCCACUCCUACAACUCUCCUGAAUUCUAAGUGUUUGCUCUUUUGGGUCCAGAAGGUGAUAGGAAAUAGACAAGAACCAAUGUGGGAGUUCAGUUUCAAAUUCAUGAAGCAGCCUGACAAGUAUAAGAAUGGCUGUGGAAGUCGACUCAAGUUGCCCAGUCAGUACCAAGAGGUUCAUGACAACCCUGAUCAUGACUGCUACCUGCUGCAAGUCACCACGCUCAACUUCAUCUUCACCUCUGUUGUAAUGGGCAUGACCUUAACCUUGUUUACUAUUAAUGUGAGUACAGAUAUGAGGCACCACCGUGUAAGGUUGGUGUUCCAGGAUUCUCCUGUCCUAAGAGGCAAGAAGCCCCGAAACGAGCAAGGGGUACAGGUGGUGCUGGACCCCGUGCACAGCGUUCGUCUCAUGGACUGGUGGCACCCCCAGUACCCCACAUCUGCAAACGCUUAGUCCUCCUCCCGUUAAUAUACACUGCUGUCAAUCACCCAGCUCCAGAACAAGGGCUUUUCUGAGAGACGCCUGAAAUUGCUAAGGAUCGCAUUCAAGAUUACCAGAGGAAAAACCCGAAUAGCAGUACAGUCCAUAAUUUGGGAUAUGAAAUAUUGAAGCAUUUAGAGGCUUUAUUAAGGGAUAUUUAUGUACUUGUUUGCUGUGAAAGUUAAUAGAAAUACAACAAAUUGCUGCAUUGUAGUUACUUGUAAAUAUAAAAUGUUAAAUCUGUUUUACUGUACAUUUCACUGCCAAUUUCAGAAGGGAAAUUGUAGAGACAAAUGACCAAGAAUAUUUUAGUUCUCAUAAUAAAACUUCAUUUUUUCUCAUCAAUACUAUGUAAAUCUCCAACUUGCUUAUGUAAUUCAUGAUGAGACGAAAGAGCUUGUUUUAGAGUUAAUUGAAUCAGAUAGUUGUUUCUUUUCUCUUUUUUCCCAUGGUGGGGUGGUAUUCCCUUGCCAGAUCUUAUUUAAAUGCCUGUAUUGUCUACUGCAUUUUAUUUUUGUAUUUAGAGAUCUAAAAGAAACACAGGGCCAAAAUAUCUUGAUUUAGCAUGUUAUUACAUCAGUUUAUUCAGAGCCAGCUCCAUAAUGCACUUAUUCUGUAACCUUCUUGAAAGGAGAUUAGCAAUUACAUAUUCAAAUUUUUAACACUACAGUUUCAAAUCUGGGGAGCUUGCAAGGUGUUCCAAACAUUCUUAAAUGCAGUUCAGUUUGAGCAUUCUUUAAUAAGUAUUUUAUUUGUUUAAAUGUGCAAACGUUUUUUCAGGGCAGUAAGUCCUAAUACCAUUUGAAAAACCCUGUGAUUCAUAGUAUAAAAACUGGAGCUGAUCAUGUUUAAUUCAUUUUCAGUUGAUAAAGGAGUGUUCUUGUUUAUUGGUCAUUUUUAAAUUGAGUUCCUUUUCCAAAGAGCUUGUUUAAUUGUGAUUGUGUUGCCGUGACCAUAAGAAGGCUAGUGACGUUCUGAAAUAAUAAAUAAACUGGUAUGAUUUCCUGAAUCAUGUUAUGGAUUG